AUGCGGGGCAUGGCCAAGCUGGCGGUGGUUUCAUACCCGGCCGGGGCCGUUCCGCGCACCGGGCAGGGCUGCCCCACCCUCGGCACGGACGGGCCGCGGCGGGGGCGGCGGCAGCGAGCGGCGGUGCCGGGCGCGGCUCACGGCGGCGGGCGCGGGGGCGCGGCGGCGGCGGCCGCGGUGCUGGUGCCGCUGUGCUCGGUGCGCGGCCGCCCCGCGCUGCUCUUCACGCUCCGCUCCCGCCGCCUCGCCGGCCCCCACAGCGGCGACGUCAGCUUCCCCGGUGGGCGGCGGGACCCGGCGGACGGGGACGCGGUGGCCACGGCUCUGCGGGAGACGCGGGAGGAGCUGGGGGUGGCGGUGGCAGCCACCAGCGUCUGGGGACAGCUUCGGACGCUGCCCGACCGGCAUGGAAUGACCGUGGCACCCGUCGUGGCCAACCUGGGGCCGCUGGAGGCCUUGCAACUGAACCCCAACCCUGAUGAGGUGGAGGAGGUGUUCACCCUGCCCCUGGCUCACCUGCUCCGCGAGGAGAACCAGGGCUACACCCACUUCCGCACGGCCAGCGGCUACGGAUACACCCUGCCCGUGUUCCUCAACGGCCCCCACAAGGUCUGGGGGCUCACGGCCAUCAUCACCGAGCUGACCCUGGAGCUGCUGCUGCCCGGCCGCUACCGCAGGAAGACCCACGUGCCCCCCCGGAAAGCCCCAGCCUGAGCGGGCAGGGGCGGCUCUGGGGUGCCUCGGUUCUCCACCGUGCAUGGGGGAAACGGCUCCGAGCCCAGCAGGGAAUGUCGCACACUGUGAUUCAGUAAAAGCCAUGUUUGG